AAUCCAACAAAAUAUUUUAUUUAAAUUAAUUUAAUAUUUUAUUUAGUCGGGGUGGUGGGGAUCGUUCCCCCAGUUUUUAAUGUUUUAAGUUUAUUAGUUUAUAACUUUAUAUACAAGUUGAGUUCAAAGCAAUUUACCAGUUCAAAAUUAUUUCGUUAUAAGAGGUAACUUGCAGACCGCCGGGUAUCCAGUGGGCUCCGUAGCAAAGUCGUGAUCUGCUGACUGUGUUUCUCGUCCUUGAACACCGAUUUGCGCGAAAGCGCGGGUGUUCUGGAAAGCCAGGAAAGCAAGCCAUUCCUUGAGCCGAGCCAUGCAGUGAAAUUCUCUACUGUCAGUUGUACACGACGUUAUUAUUUCGAGUGAAUGCUGCGCUUGUGAAAUGGAACAGGCGGACGAAGAUCUGGGUUGGAUAAAAGACGAAGAUAUAUACGGGAAUGAAAUCUACCGACCCAACUUAAAACAGGCUGCUUUAUUCAUGGAGUUAAUAUGCAGUGGAACGAUGCCCCAGCUGGAAUGGCGCUCUCCGGGGCGCGUGCCCAUGGCCCCUGCGCGAUCACAUGCGCAUCCCUCGCAUUUUCCCGCAGCUGCCAUUGGGGUCAUGGGAAUGCAGCGCAGGAUGCAUGCCUUCCCUGCGCAUCUUCCUAAUCUUCCCAAAGAGCAGCCUCCGUUGCAUCCCUCGCCUAUGCUUCCGCCGCAAGGCCCCCAACUACCCAGAAUCGCACAAUCUCCGAAACCAGUUGCUGCGCAGGCGUCGCCCUUUGAUUUUGAUGACACAGAGAAACUCGAGUCCUCACUGGCGCAAGCAGCACGUUCUCAAGCUGCCUCGCCGCUGAAAAUGGAGCCACGAAAACGUAUUGUUGGCAGUCUGAGCAAUGUGAGUAUGCCGCCGCCACAAGAGAAACCUGGGGAUUUUAUUCCUGCUGCAAUGACCAGCGGGAGUAUCAACGACGCCCUCAAUGACGCGCCCUUGCCAUUGGAUAACACUCCGCGUCCGCCCAUCUUCGCACAAGCAUCUCCUCCGAAACCCGCGAUGCAGAUACCAGCUGGUGAGAUGCCGGCACUGGCCACCGCGGAGGCAGCUUCGGCGUUCCCGGUGACACCCUCGUUGGACAGUAACAUUCUGUUGGUUGAUAGAUAACACGAAAACAUAAAUUACUGGAAAAUAUUUUUAUCUCUUGAUAACAGUGCUUUUUGGCUCUCAUUUUGCCCCGAUUUCAGUUUUCGUCUUAUGCCCGGCUUUUGCUGUCUUUUUUUAAAUUUAUAGACUUUAAAUAGUUUUUUUGAUUUUAUCCGUAAUUUAUGGAUGUUCUGGUUUCGCAUUCAAUAUUUUUGUUUCAAUGUUGGCAGACUGUUGUCACCAAAAAAUUUUAU